UCACGGGUGGGCCGGGCCGGGCGACGGGGGGAUCGCGGAAAACGAGGAAUUGCUGCUGCUCCCUUUCUCUGCCUCAGCUGCGCUCCGGAGAGGUCUCACACAGCGGGUCUAGGUAGCAAUGUUCUAAACAUGUCAUCAGGCACCCAGAUAAAAGCAAAGGCUGCAGCACAGAAAAGCAAGACCUCCUCUCCUUUGCCAUCUUCUCCAGAAUCUGCGGUUAAGCCACAGCCAAAGCCCAGUGACAAGCUGAAUCCCAAAACUAUUGAUCCAUUUGCUGCUCCUUCUAGAACACCUUCUGCGUUUGCUGCUACGUAUGCUAAAGGUGGCAUUCCAUGCAGGUUAAUGCAUGGAUCAGUAAAGCACAGACUGCACUGGGAGUGCCCUCUUGAAACAGUUUCUUUUGAUCCUCUUCUUGUAACUCUAGCAGAGGGUCUGAGAGAGACAAAGCAUCCCUAUACAUUUGUUUCAAAGGAGGGUUUUAAAGAAUUACUUCUGGCUGAAGGUGCUACUGAAAAAGCCAUUCCCCUGUUGCCUCGUCUAGUUCCUGUGUUAAAGGCUGCAUUGGCCCAUUCAGAUGAUGAAGUAUUUGAAAGGGGAUUAGAUGCUUUAGUUCAACUGAGUGCUGUUGUUGGCCCAUCUCUUAACGACCAUCUUAAGCAUCUGCUUACAAAUCUUUCAAGGAGAUUAAUGGACAAGAAAUUUAGAGAAAAGAUCACUGUUGCUUUACAAAAGUUGGAGCAAUAUGGUGGAAAGAGCAGGAAACACAGGAGAGUGUUCCAGUAAAAUAUUCCAGGGGACUGAUAGCUACAUCAGAAACUGAACGGCCAUACUCAAAUAGUGCAUCAAUCCACAUUCGAAAAACUCUUUUGUGGAGCCAGCAUCCAUCCAUGUGGAUCCCUACCAAUGUUAUUUGCUUGGAAGAUUUUAUUCUUCUUGGUGGGAAGUUUAUGCAUCCUUAGUAGUUAAAUAAGUCACUCUCUGUUCUUUCUUUUGAACUCUUCACUUUUCUGGAAAGUCUUUUUCCAGGGUUUAGAACGGGUGUGGUGUGGGUUAAUAUUCAGGAUGCUUUAUAUGAAUCCUUAGUCCAAAUUAGGCACCGUAGCAUUUACGAAGUAGAUUUUCACACUGAGUUAAGCAUAAGGGCUUCUUGAACAGACCAUAGAGUAGGGUAGAUACCCGUGAAGAGUGAUCCAUGUAUUCACCAAAUGUUAAAUGCAAAUUGCUCCUGGCCCCUUUUGACACCUGACUCAGGCUAAAUAUUUGCCUUCCUUCAGUGCACCCGGGAUGAAGGCUGUAUGUUCCUUUUUCUGAGCCCAAGUGCUUUCCUCAGCACUCUUAGCCCUUGCUAAAAGAAACAAUUUGCUGUUAUUGAUGAUGCCUGCCCAUUCCCUAAUAGCUUAGUACUUAGGUCACUUACUAAGAAAAUCAGAUGCUCACAUUUUAGCCCAUCUUGAUUAACUCAGAGGUUAAGAUCCUCAGUUGCUACACAUUUUAAAAAAAAUCAAAAACUUAAAUAUUAAAGUACAGAAAAGUAUUAUACUGUUAAACAUUCUGUUCACAACUUUUUUUUUUUCACAAUUCAUUGUUCAUCGAGAAGGAGAAGAAAAAGUGAGAAAACAUUGGCUUGGAUGUUCAUCUAGAAUUGAAAUUAUUUGUUCUAAUGACCCCACGAGCAGUUGCAUGUAUGAUAUUGAGUGACUGUUGAUAAAGAACAGAAAUAAUGUCGAGGGUAAGGACCCUAAAUGUAGGUCUUACCAUUUCUGAGCCUUUUUUUUCUUAAUAAGCAACCGUAAAAUCAAUAGGCAGCCACUCUUUUUUAGGGAUACUCAUAUUCAUUUAAGGGUGAUAGGAGUGUUCAUAUUGCAGACUGUAUGAUCAUCACAGACCAGCGUGAAAGUUCCUGAUUUGUGUUCAGUGAGAUAAGAGGAGGAAAAUUGCACUUCGUUUUGAUGUUUUGAGAAUUUAAGUCUAGAUAAUAGAGCUGAUCCAAUAAAUCAUUAAGCCACCUCUAAUUAUUAUCUCUGUCCAGUAAUUGUCUAUUGCCAAUCAGAUUACUGUGUGGUCUUUCUGCACAUUUUUUAAAAUUCUUAGAGAGAAAAAGACAAAAAAGCUGGAAAGAUGCACCUAAGUUGUGAUCAUAGUCAAUGACAUUACAUAGUACAGCUAAUGAAUCUAUCAGCUAUUAGAAAAAUGAGUUACAAUGUAUAUGAUCAGUACUUUUAUUGGAAAUCUCUUCCAGAAUAUCACUCUUCUUUGUUAGUUAUCACAAUGCUGCUGUUUUAUCAGUGUACUAUUUUCAACUCUUUUGAAAGUAAAUUUCUUCGUAAAUAAUGCAUUUUAAUUUUCUACCAUUUUGUUUCAUAGCGGUAAAGACAACUAAAAGUUAUGAAUUAUACAGUUUAUAGACAUGAUGUGAAUACUCUCAAAUGUAGUGCUAGUGCACCUUACUUUGUUUAAAUGCAUUAUAUUUUCAUCACCAGGCAACGGUGACUGUCAUCAAAUCUAAAAUUCCAACCUAUUGUUCUGUAUUCCCCUGAACAAAAAAUCCAUAGUGAUUCGUGAGUUCAA